AUGGUGACGUCAAGCACGUCUGCGCCGAACCCUUCCCUUUGUUGCUUGACCGGCGACCUCGAUGACGAGUUGCUCAGGUUUGCUAAUGUCCAGUCCGUCGACAGUCUAUUCGUUGCCCCGGUCGAAUCGGCCGCUCCGCCCAAGGCCGCCAGCAAGAAUGGCGUCGCCUCUCCUCUUCGCUCAGGCUACAGACGCCUGGCCCUCCCAGGCUCCAUCGAACGACGCAAUGCCCUACGAGGCUCUCAUUCUAGAAACCAUGAUCCCCACCCUCGCCCCUCUCGCCCCAGCCAGGACGGCAGCCUGCCGCGACCGGUGUCGCCCACCACCUUCGACCAUCAGUGGCGGGAACUGCGGCUCAGGCCGACCUUUCAACAAUUUCGCGAGGGCCGACAGGUGCGCAGUCGGCCAACGCCUCCCGGUCGAGAUACGGCCGAGGAUCUCCGUUCGAUCUUCGGGGAUAACUGGCAAGGUCCGUCCCAUGACGAGCAAACCGUCCGAGCUGCCUACGACCGCAUCUUCCCGGCAGGACGUUCGAGGCGUGCGGGACCUCCGCUCUCCAGCAUUCCACUCCGCCGCGCUACCCGUUCGAGCCAAGGAGGACCACACAGCAACGACCUGCGACUGCGAGCGAAUGCCACAUUGUCCGGCACGAGCCCUACGGGAGCUUUAUACGAUGCUUGGCUCGUGCGAAACGUGCGCGAUCGACGUGGUCCUGCGCACCGCCACGGGUUCGACGUCGACGGCCUCGGAGAUCGCGAGCGAAGCAUGAGCCCGGAGGUGUGGGAUACUCUCCUCACGACCCUCACGCCCGACCCCCAACCACCGAGCGCGAGCUCAUCGUUUGGCUCAGCGACGGUGCCCGAGAGCCACGGCCCUGGCCCGAUGGCGACCAUCCCCGCUCUGGCCAUGGACAUCGUCAACGUCGGCGUACCCGAUGGCCAGUGCGAUUCGGACUGCGGACACUCGGACCUGGAUAUGGACGAGGACGAGGACGUGGACGAGGACGGAAUCGACGUGCCCGGCACGAUGCCGCCUGACAGCCAAACCCGGACGCAAACGAGAUACGGACGCCAGCAUGCCGCACCCUACAAUCUCGACAGCAUCAUGAACGGAAGCCUUGGCGUCACGUCAGGGUCGACGGGCAUGUCUCGGCGACGCGCCGAGCCCAUGGUCGGCGACGGCAUUUCGCCACGCGAUGCUGGGCGAACCUCGAGUGACGAGAUGCUGCCGGAGUCGCGGCUGCCUGCCGGCACGGCCAGAGCGCCGGGCCAUCGAGACGUUGUAGGCAGCCUCUUCCCUUGGGAGGCGUCCGAGGACGAGCGUGGCGCCGACGAGCGGCGUUUGCAGCCGCAGGCGUCGGCGGCAUCGGGACAGAGCAACGGCGUGGCGGGGGCCGAGGAUGAUUGGUCCGGCAUGCAACGCAUCGUACGCAGCCUCGCCCGGCGAGAGGACAUCCCGGAUGACUGGUGGGCCGAGGCGGGCCUCAGCCGAAUGCUGCCCCAAGACGAGACGACGAAUGCCUAG